AUGGAUCUGCCGGAGAAAUAUCCCCCAAGCAUGGUCCUAAGCGCACUGGCGGAUCAUCUCCAUGGUCACCACAGUGACCUUCGUGUGGCCCUUUCGAGCAAUCAUCCCGCGUACGAAGAAGCCUUGACGGCGACCAUGGCCUGCGUCCAUGGUCUUCCUGACCGUAUACUUCUGCCAAUCACAAACCCAACUCGGCGAGAGACCCUGCGGAAACUAGCCCUCGAAGAUAGAGCUGUAGGAGACGCCCCUCUCUCAUCGAGCCGUCCGAUUCGUACCGCAGGAAGAUUGGAUCCAGAAGAUUUCCCGAAGCCUCUCUCUCCAGAGCGUCGUGCCCUGCUGAAAAAGAAGUUCCUCGACGAAAACGAUCCCCUGCCACGAGAGCCUUAUGUACUUGAACUUCGAGCGCUGCGAACAGAGCGUACGCUGGCCGCCAUUGUGGGAAACGCUUUAAUCACUGCUAUUGACUACGAAUCGGGUAUGCCGGUGUGCAAACUCGAUGAAGUUGAAAUGCUUUGGGACACCGGCGCUGCUACCACGAUCAUCACGAAAGACCUUCUUGAUGAACAGUUCCAGAGACAUCUAGCCGACCCGAUCUGUGAGGCCUAUAAGAACCAGGAAGGUACUCGGGUCCAAGUUUCUAUCAAUGUCGAAUUCACCAACACGCUGUUUAGAAUCGACUCUAUCGCCUGGGUUGUGGAAAAAUCAGGCCUCCCAAAUGCACGAUCGGGCAUAAUUCUAGGGCAAAAGGCUUGCAUCGACAGACUUCAGUACCGGUCGAUUCCGCGCUCAAUUCUCGAGGCUAAAGGGGAGGACAUUGAAGAAAAGUUCUGGGGAGAUCUAACCCUAGAGAGCUAUGUUGAUCUGGAUGGAAGCCUGAAGGAGAUAAUUUGA